AUGGACUCGCGGCUACCGCACCCUCGCCAAAUACAAGCACAGCUCCAGGCACUCGGCGACGAAAUCCAGAGCAUCCGCGAAGAACACGAUGGCCACAUUGUCGGGCUAAGCCAGCGUUUGCAACAAGCUGAGAACCGCCAUCGACAACUCCUACAUCAGCUUCAAAUUGCUACGAAUCGCUUUCCUGGACCGCCUGGCAGUAGUCACAGUGGUUACUCGAGUUCGACUGCCAACCUAGAUAAUCCUCUCCCUCUCUCGGAGUCUCUUAUCGGUACUGGUCGCAUCACAACACCUCCACGAGCACAUACCGGUGGCGCCACGAGUAACGACAGGUAUGAUCGUGCCCGCUUCUUAUCAUCAGGGGAGGCUUCUUCUAGACACAACAGCUAUUCUAGUCGCCCAUCCCCUGUUCAGUCGGUGGAUGCGAAUGCUACACCACGCGCACAAAACGCUGCUCCCCCACUGAACCCAGUCCGCCCUCAGCAGCCAGUCAUUGGUAGUAAAGACAACGCAGCUUAUCUUCCUAUGGUCAUGGAGAAUAUCAUGUCCGAGCACCGCCGCCACAAACAAGAUCACGAUGACUGGGACCUGAUCGUGGAUGCUGCACUCGCGGCAGGCAACCUUGGCAACAAAGGAGUGGAUGUCGAGGAUCUGAAAGAGGCUCUCUUCCCUCCUCAGAACUACUCUGAUCGAUACAUGAGCGCCCCUGGCUGA